GACAGAUAUAGCUUCAUAGUAUAUAAUCUUGAUACCCGCUAGACUUCGCCUCAUUCGAUAUAGAAAGUUCCGUCCGAUUGGUAAUCCCGAAGAACCAGCAACAUGACCAAGACCAGAGUUUACGUUAUCGGCGUUGGCAUGACCAAGUUCGAGAAGCCCGGCCGCAGAGCGGAUGUGUGCUACCCGGACUUUGCCAAGGAGGCCAUCACCAAGGCUCUGCAGGAUGCAGGCAUCAAGUUCGAGGAAGUGCAGCAGGCGGUGGCCGGCUACGUCUACGGUGACUCCACCUGCGGCCAGCGAGCGAUCUAUGAGGUCGGUAUGACCGGCAUUCCGGUGUACAAUGUGAACAACAACUGCUCCACCGGAUCGAGUGCCUUGUAUCUGGCGAAACAGAUCAUUGAGAGCGGCAACACAGACUGUGUCCUUGCUCUGGGCUUUGAGAAGAUGGAGCGCGGAUCCCUGUCCUCCAAGUACUUUGACCGCGCCAAUCCCAUGGAACGUCACAUCACUGAGAUGGGCGAACUCACAGAGAUUGGAGCUGGACCCAUGGCUGCCCAGAUCUUCGGCAAUGCUGGCAAGGAGCACAUGAGGAAAUACGGCACCAAGCCCGAGCACUUCGGAAAGAUUGCCUGGAAGAACCACAAACACUCGGUCAAUAAUCCUUACUCACAGUUCCGGGAUGAGUACACCUUGGAGCAGAUCAUGAAGUCCCCGCAGGUGGUGGAGGGAGUUCUGACCAAGCUGCAGUGUUGUCCCACCUCUGAUGGAUCUGGAGCGGCCAUUCUGGCCUCCGAAGCCUUUGUGCGUCGACAUGGUCUAGAGAAGCAAGCCGUAGAGAUCGUGGGCAUGGAGAUGGCCAGCGAUCCGGCCUCUACUUUCGCUGACAAGAGCCUCAUGAAGAUUGCUGGAACUGAUAUGACCCGCUUGGCCAGCCAACGUCUGUUCGCCAAGAGCGGCUACAAACCACAGGACGUGCAGGUGGUGGAGCUCCACGAUUGCUUCUCCGCCAACGAGCUGGUGACCUACGAGGCACUGGGGCUCUGUGGCGAGGGCAAGGCCGGCGAGUUCAUCGACGCUGGAGACAACACCUACGGCGGCAAGUUCGUGGUGAACCCGAGUGGCGGUUUGAUCUCCAAGGGUCAUCCUCUGGGAGCCACUGGACUGGCCCAAUGCGCUGAGCUCUGCUGGCAGCUGCGUGGUCUGGCCGAGAAGCGCCAGGUGCCGGGAGCUCAGUUGGCACUGCAGCAUAACCUGGGCUUGGGCGGAGCCGUGGUGGUGGCUCUGUAUCGCCUGGGCUUCCCCGCUGCCAACAAUGUGGUCCGCAACUUGACUGCCGCAGGAAAGGCGGCCACCAGUGAGGAUGGCUUCAAGGUGGCUCCUCUGCUGAGGCUCCUGGAGCAAGCCAUGCAGGAGGACAAGGACAACUUGAUCGAGAAGGUGCGAGCCGUGUAUGGCUUCAAGGUGAACAAUGGACCGAAUGGACAAACAGGCUACUGGGUCAUCGAUGCCAAGCAGGGCAAGGGCAAGAUCAUCUUCAACGGAACUCAAAAGUGUGAUGUGACUUUCAUCAUCAGUGACGAGGAUGUGUUUGAGCUGCUGACCGGAAAGCUGCCGCCGCAGAAGGCCUUCUUCCAAGGCAAGAUUAAGAUCCAGGGCAACAUGGGAUUCGCCAUGAAACUGAUGGAUCUGCAGCGUUCCGCUCAGGGAAGGAUUGAGGAGCUGCGCUCCAAGUUGUAGGCUGACUCGGGUUUCAUUAUCUCACAUUCCCCGAUGUGUGUGCCUUUUGCAAUAUAUUCUUGGUGGCUUCUGGAUCUGAUAAACCUAGUUUAAACCGAUUUAUGUAUCUUUUGUAUUAUGUUAUAAAUAAUAAAACUGUUAUAUUCUUAGGUUUUCUUAUA